GACGGACCAGGGUUCCAUCCUGGGGGACCCCUCAAGGGAGGUUCCUAGACGCUGGUGAGGGGCUCUUCAUCUAGGGAAUUGGAUCUGUGCUCCGGUUCCCAGAAUUGAGCCUGAAUACCUUCCAUCCCCCCACAUAUGCUGUAUAAUCCUAUGGGUUUAGCGCUUCCCUGUGAUUAUAAUAAUCCGUCCUGGGGGUGGUACUCGUUUCAUUGACACCUAAGCUUAUUUAGGCCGAGAUGAAUGGAGAACGUCUAGUUUCUCACCUGCAACUGUUGGAUGUACCAGGGACUGAUCACUUAAAGGGGGAAAACUAUGACUGGCUCUUCCUUGAAAAUCCCUCAUCCCCAUUACCUGCAUUUCUGGAGUGGUUUACUGAGAACAUAUCGGCUAAUGACGUUCUCACAGAUGAGGAUUUAAAUGAAUAUGAAGAACUAAUGUCCAAGGGAGAAGUACUGACAGGCUAUCAUCUGGAGAAGAUGGAAGCCUGCCUCUCAGGAUUGCCUGUAGCUUUCAGUACAUCUGAGGAAGACAGCCAGAAAGAUGUGCUCACUCUGGAGGAAUGCAAGAGACUGAAGGACCAGUUAAAGGUUCUGGUAAUGAGAAGGAACCAAUUAAGUGCCCAUAAGAUGGAGCUGCGGGAAGAAGUGUACCAGAGCAGUGAACGCCUCAAGGAAGAAGAAGUCUACUUCAAGAAUCAUCACAAGGCUAUAUUAAACACCAGCAUUCACCUUUCAAAAUCUCAAGAAGAGAUCAGCAAAAGCCUUGAUGCAGUUACCAAAGUGUUUCUGGAAUUUGACAAAAUGCCAACAGAGGAAGCCAAAUUCUUCUCUCAGUUGAACCUGGAGGAGUGGUACCAAGAAGAAGACAAAUUCACAGAUACUCUAGAAACUUACAUUAGAAGACAGUUUAGAGAGGGUGUGAGAGAUGUUGCUGGUGCUGGUGACACUUCAGAGUACUGCUUACUGGAUGUAAGUAAUCUAGAUCUGCAGCUGGUGCGAGGAGCGGGAAACGCUGAAUAUGCACAGAAUGUAGACGAGCUCAAAAGACUGAAUAAUUUGCUACGACAGACUGAAGAAUGGAGACUGAAAGGCUUGUUACUGCAGCAUCAAAAACGAGCAGAAAUAGAGGAGGCCAAUAGACAAUUUGCUGCCAUCCACAGAAGCCAACUACCAUCUAAUCUGGCACUACUUGAGCAACAAGCUCGAGAGGCCAGUGAAUCUCGCAAAGCUGUAGAAUGGGAAAAACAGCAGCAGCAGCAAGUGAUGCAGUCUCUUAUAACAGAGGUGGCACAGCUGGAGAGUACAAAAACUAUCUCUGGAAACUAUCAGCUUAAGCGCCAGCGACAGGAAUAUUUUCUCGAUAAGCAAAAACUUGUGAUGGAUGAACUGGUAUCACAAGUGGCUCGGUACAAUUGGAUCAACAUUGCCCUGGAUAUUGAGAGAGGAAAAAUUGCAGAUAUUCUGAAUGUCCUGCAGAGUAUCAGUUCAAUAAUUACCCAAAAAGAUGUUAGCUACAAUAAAAGAAUGCAAUACCUGCAAGCUUUCACCAAGAAACAUGAGGAGCAGAAGGCAGCAGGUCAGCUGCCCUUACCCCUGGUGACCCUCUCUCGGCUGCUUCCUGUUGCUGCUAAACAACAGUCACAGGAGGAGCACACAGCUGAAACAGUAACUGGGGAAUACUUGCACAAGCAAGUUGCCAUGUUGCAGAAAGGCCUUGAUGUAGCCAGAGAACAAGUGGUCACUGCAAGGAAUCCACAAUUCUCUUGCCUCAGUAGAAUGACAAUGAAUUGUGCAGUGCUGGAGACAAGUCUUUUUGGCAAUCCUGGUAGCCUUAGAACCUUGCCUAUAGCAUGGUUGAAGCCAGAUCUUGCAGAUCGCUACAUUUCUUUGGAUCAAGAGUUGUGGAACUUCAAGCAAAAAUUUAUCAAUUUAAUCAUUCAACAUGAAGAAAAGAAGAAAAUACUUCAACUUGAGCCAACAGUACGGAAAGACUUCACCAGGUGGAUAAGCGGUGUUGUAAAGGCACUGUCAAAAGUGUAGUUGAGCAGUGCUUGACAAAAUUUUUUUAUAUGGUUCUUUACACACAACAAUUGAGUUUGAUGUACUGUAUAUUAUUAUGCAUGUAUAUGUACAUAAGAAAAUCCUGAUUUAUGUGUAUGAUUACAACACUGUAUAUUUUAUACAUGCAUGAACUGUACAUUCCAUGGGGGAGUGGAGAAGAAUCCUUCCUCAGUAAGCCAUGCAUGUUGUAAGAAGUGACUAAAAUACCAGAAGCAAGGGGCUAGUAACCCCUUCUCCUGUAUAUAUUACUAAAUGUAAAAGGAGAAACUUUCGUUUUUUCUUUUGGGCCACCCCGCCUCGGUGGGAUACGGCCGGUGUGUUGAAAGAAAGAAGAAAGAAAAAGAAGAAAAGCUUUUGUUCCUUCUUUUUUGAGUCACCCUACCUCAAUGGGAGAUGGCUGAUGUUUAAAAAAAACUACAUAUGUAACCUAGGGUGAUUAAAAAAAAACAUGAAAUUAGAUCUACGUUCAUGUGCAUAGCACUCCGAACAUAGAUCUACGUUUUUUUACAUGCUUUCAAAUGGAGAAGAUAUAGGUUGGAGCACUACGCACGGGAACGUAGAUCUACAUUUGGACAGUUUAAGAUUAUUGGGUAAUUCUUAUUAUUGCAUAAUAUAUCAUUAGCUUAGUUUUUUUUUCUGUUUUGAUUUACAGUGUACAAUACGCUGUUAGAUAGGAGUGAGUUAAGACAAAUGGUUUUUGGGACUUGAAGAGCUGUUGGAGUGUGAUCAGGGUAAUAUUUUGUGAAGGGAUUCAGGAAAACGGUUAGCUAGAGUUGAGUCCUGGAGGUGGAAGUACAGUGUUUACACUAUAAAGGAGAGGUUCAGAUAUUUAUUUGGAGAUGCAUCUGAACUGUUAAAUCUGCACACCUCUGGCAAGACAGUGAUAAUGUGAAUGAUGGUGAAAGGUUUUCUUUUACAGGUCACCCUGCCUCAUUAGGAGAAGGCCAGUGUGUCAAAAAAAAAAUAAAAUUCUACAUUCAUUAAUUAGAUUACAGUCUCUCCUCACUUAAUGACGUACUCAUUUACCGAUAACUCGGAGUUACGACGGGCUCUCUGACCAGUAUGCAAACCUAAAUAAUGUAUAUUAGAACUGAUUUCAUCUAUUCUGUUUAUUACAAUAUACAGUACACUAUUGUGUAAACAUUUAAAAAUACACCAGAAAUGUUAUAAAUGGUACAAAAGUGACAUUAAAAAAAUACCUGAAGAUGGUUGACACAAGCCCACUACCAGUAUAGUAUGCUCCUCGCUUAGUGAUGAAUUCUUUUAUCGACGUGGUCUUAGGAACAGAACUCUUUCGUUAAGUGAGGAGAAAGUGUAUUUUUGGUUAGUUUUCAGUAUGAAUUGACAAAACUUUUGUAUGAGUGAGAUUACAAAAAUAAAAUAAAAUUUGUGCAUUUAAUAGUUCUAAAGUUCAGUAUUAGGUUAUGAAAAAUUUAUAAUAUUAUUGUGCAUAUUGCUGUUACAGUGAGGCCUGACUGGCCAAGUGAAAACUCCCAUUCAUGGCAAAUACGGUAAUGUAAAAUUAUGCAACAACCAAUAAGUAGUGAUGCUAAUGAGUAAUGGUGACUGUGGUGGAUAAAAAUGAGAUUGUUUUGCCAUGAUUGUAACAAUAGUGAACAAUUCUUUAACUAAUGAACUUUGUUAUU